AUGGCGGAGGGUCUUGGAGCUUUGUUGGAGGCUAGCUUGGAUCCCCGGCGCAACAAGGAGGCCGAGCUUGCCCUUCGUCAAGAAGAACAGAAGCCCGGUUUUUCACUGCAGCUCCUCCAGACCACCGCCACCGAAUCCUAUCCCUACAACAUCCGGCUGGCGAGCGCCCUUUUCUUCAAGAAUUUUAUCAAGCGCAACUGGACCGACGAGGAUGGGAACUACAAGCUGCCACUCGACGAGGUUGCGACCAUCAAACGGGAGCUGAUUAGCUUGAUGAUCUCGGUCCCCUCUGGCAUUCAGAGCCAACUGGGUGAAGCCGUCAGCGCGAUCGCGGACAGUGACUUCUGGGAGAGAUGGGAUACCCUGGUGGAUGAUCUCGUGUCGAAAAUGUCGCCCGACAACCCUGCCGUCAACAUCGGCGUGCUUCAGGUCGCACACUCUAUCUUCAAGCGAUGGAGGCCCUUGUUCCAGUCCAACGAGCUGUACACGGAGAUCAACCACGUCCUCAACAAAUUCGGGAAUCCUUUCCUGGCCCUCUUCGAGGGAUUGGACACCUAUAUUGAACAAAACAAAACCAAUAAGGACAACCUCACCCAGGGCUUCACUCAGCUCAACUUGAUGGUCAAGCUGUUUUAUGAUCUCUCCUGCCACGACCUCCCACCCAUGUUUGAAGACCAUCUUUCGGCAAUCUCGUCGAUUCUGCUCAAGUAUCUGACGUACGACAACCAACUACUACACACGGACGACGAAGAAGCCGGCCCUCUUGAGUACGUUCGCGCCGGGAUCUUCGAGGCUCUGACCUUGUACGUGCAGAAGUUCAUGGAUGCGUUCCAGCCCCACGUUGGGCAGUUCAUCGACAGCUCGUGGAAUUUCCUGACCACCAUCGGCCCGGACACCAAAUACGACAUUCUCGUCAGCCGAGCAUUGCACUUCCUGAGUUCGGUGGCCAGCAUGCCCGAACAUGCCACUGCCUUCCAGGCAGAGGAGACGUUGGGUCAGAUCGUGGAGAAGGUCAUUCUGCCGAAUGUGAGCUUGCGGGAAGCGGAUGAGGAGUUGUUCGAAGAUGAGCCUAUUGAGUUCAUUCGGCGAGACUUGGAAGGCUCCGACAGUGAGACCAGACGCCGGGCCGCAACAGAUUUCCUCCGACGACUGGCAGAGAAGUUUGAGCAGUCCGUGACCAAGGUCGUUCUCCAAUACACGGAGCACUACCUCGGUGAGUAUGCCAAGGACCCGGCGUCCAACUGGAAGUCCAAGGAUACGGCAACCUACCUUUACUCUGCCAUCGCGGCCAAGGGUGUGGCAACUUCCACCCACGGUGUUACCGCCACCAACAGUCUGGUCAGCAUCACGGAUUUCUUCCAGCAGCACCUUGCUUCAGACCUGAUCGCAGAGGACGGUGUACAUCCAAUCCUCAAGGUCGACGCGAUCAAGUACCUGUACACUUUCCGCAGCAUCAUCACAAAGGAGCAGUGGCAACAGGUUUUGCCCGUGCUGGUGAAGCAUCUGGCUUCUUCCAACUACGUUGUCUACACUUAUGCCGCAAUUGCGGUCGAGCGGGCCCUCUUUUUAAGUGAUGCCCAAGGACAGCCCAUUAUCUCGCCCUCUGAAAUCACCCCGCUCGCAAAGGAUCUCCUCGAGCAUAUUUUCCAGUUGAUCCAGAAGGACCCAGCACCUCCGAAGGUGCAAGAGAACGAGUUCCUCAUGCGAUGUGUCAUGAGAGUGUUGAUUGUCAUCAAGGAUGGCGUGGUGCCGUUUACAGAUACCGUGCUGCAACGAUUCAUCACCAUCACUGAGAUUAUCAGCACAAACCCGAGUAACCCGAGAUUCUAUUACUUCCAUUUCGAAGCCAUGGGUGCUUUCAUUCGGUUCGCGGCCCCGGCUAACCCGGACAAGCUUGAGCAGGCUCUGUACCAGCCUUUUGCCAAGAUUCUUCAGGGAGAUGUGCAAGAGUUCAUGCCAUACAUCUUCCAGCUCUUCGCUGCCCUUCUCGAGGCCAACCCGUCAGCGACUCUGCCGACCUACUACCAGGAACUGAUUGGUCCGAUUCUGAUGCCUGUGAUGUGGGAUUCUAAAGGAAACAUUCCUGCCCUCGUGCGGCUUUUGUCUUCUAUCAUUCCUCGUGGAUCGCAGUAUAUCCUCCAGCACAACCAGAUCGAGCCUAUCCUGGGCAUCUUCCAGAAACUGGUUUCGACCAAGGCCAACGAGGCCUAUGGAUUUGAUCUGUUGGAAAGCGUUGUCGCAAACUUCCCAUCGACUGCGUUGGAGCCAUACUUUGUCUCAAUCAUGCAAAUCAUUCUUACGCGCUUGCAAAACUCCAAGACUGAGACACUGACGCUUCGCUUCGUUCGCUUCUACCACUUCAUCUCCGCACAUGACGACAAGGGUUACAGCGCCGAUUUUGUCAUCCAAGUCACGGACAAGGUGCAGGAAGGCCUUUUUACUCCUAUCUACCUCACCAUCAUUCUCCCCGACACCCAGAAACUGGCCCGGCCCCUGGACCGCAAGACCGCAGUCCUCUCCUUCACCAAGACCCUCGCCAACUCCGAGGCCUUUGCGACUCGAUACGCAAAGGGCUGGGGCUUCACAUGCACGGCGUUGCUCAAGCUUCUCGAGCUCCCUCCGCUGCCAGCCAGCAAGGACGAUCUCAUUGCCGAGGCCGACAUUGAAGACAUGUCGUUCGGCGUCGGGUUCACUCCUCUGAACACGGUGCGCGCCGUGCCGAAGGACCCGUGGCCCGAAACGGGUGCCGAUCUGAAGGCCUGGGUGGGCGCAUACCUGAAGGAAGCGGAUAAGAAGCAGAAUGGCCGUGUGGCGCAGUUUGCGCAGGAGCGUCUGGAUGAAGAGUCCAAGGCCAUGCUGAGCAGCUACAUUGCUUAA